UCCUAGGGUCUCAGACCCCAACAUUCCCUUAGUUGCUCGCGAGAUCAUGCAGCGAAUGAUUCGACAGUUUGCUGCUGAAUAUACCUCAAAAACAAGCUCUACUCAGGACUCCAGCCAGCCCAACAGCACAAAGAACCAAAGCUUGCCUAAAUUAUCCUCUGGACAAAAUUCUCCGCCCCCUGCAACUGCUCAGAAUCCUGUGCUUAGCAAGCUUCUGAUGGCUGACCAAGACUCUCCUCUAGACCUCACUGUUAAAAAGCCCCAGUCAGAGGAAAACUGUGAGCAAGCAGACGGAGUACUUGACCUGUCCACUAAAAAAAGUCCUUGUGCUGGUAGCACAUUUGCAAGCGUUUCUCCAAGUACCUCAAACUCUAUAGGAAAUGGCACGCAGAAUGGUGAGAAGAAAGCCAUAGAAUCCAACAAUUCAACAAAUGUAACACUGGAAAAGUUCAUGGUUAAACUGUGUGGACCUCAUCAGAAGCAGUUUAUUCAUGUAUUAAACAAUAUGUGCACUGAAGAACAGUUAAUUAACCCAGAAAAAACAAUCCGUUCCGAUUCUCAAACUUCACCAUAUAAAAUGCAUUUCUCAGAAGAUUGUCCAGGUCCUGAAGAUCAUUCCACAGACAUGUCUUUAAAAUGUUCAGCUGGGACAGGAGGCUGCUCCCUUAUUUCUUUCAAACAAGUAGAACAUACUGUUGAAAACAAACUUGUUACCUGCAAUAAAAGUUCAGAAAAAAGUGCACUUGCAUGUACUAAACAUGUUGAUAAUCUAUUAUGUGAGGCAGAUUUAAUUAGCUGUUCUCUACGUGAAUGUUCAGGAAAAGCCAUAACAGAAAAUGCUCGGGACCCUACUUUUGAUGCAAACUUGACUACAGUUGCAAAUGAAGAAAACAUAUUGCAGGAUACUCCCAAUACAACACAUUUCUCUUCAGAUAUGAAUGACUUUAAAUUAAAGCUUGAUAACUUACAUUCUGAAAUUCCAAAAAAUGAUAAUUUGAACAGUUUAGAAAAUAACACUUAUAGGAGAAGUUCAGUUUGUAAAACCAAUUCCUAUACCAAUUAUACCCAAACAAUACUAACCAGGCCAUGUAAAAUAACACCUGGUCUGAGGGUAAAUGAAUAUGAUGAGAAAUGUGAUAUAGUUUACAUUAGUAAACCUAUAUCUGAAAACCAUUUUGAAAAACAAAGAGCUGUACUAUGUUCUCAAGAUACACCAAGGAAAACUUCUCACAAGUGUUUUUUCAGUGGUGGAUGCUGUGAAGUUUCAACUGUUUGCACUUUGCUUAGAAGUUCUACUGAAAGGGAGAAUGGAAACUCUGCUUGUUUAGAAAUUAGAAAUACUUCUGGAAUACCUUCAACAGAAGUUGAAUCGCUAGUCUACUUGGAAAACUCAAAUACUGAUUGCAAUUCUUUAAAAAUGUUACCCUGCAUUGAUGCGUGUAGUGAACAUAUAUCUGUCUUCCCAUAUAAUGAAUCCAAAAUCCAACUUGAAAAAACACAAGGUGUGACAAAACAGCCAGUAGAAAAGGACCAUUCUACUGGGACUUUGAUUACUCUACUUUCUGUUGUCCCUAAAGAAAAGGAGCAAAACUGUGCUAGAUCACAAAACAUAAACAUCUCACCAAUAAACAGUCAUGAAGAGGAGUUUCAUAAACAGUGUCAUGUAGAAAAUACUACAAAUGAAAACAAAGGGAAUAAUUUUGUGUUGGUUUCUGAACAUGAAAAGGAUGUUAACCAUUUAGAACAAAAUAUGCUUAAUGGCAUUGCUCAUUUAAAUACUUCAUGCCAUGAUGAGAUCAUACAUACUUGUGUAGAUCCUGUCUCCAAAACCUCUUUAGGGGAAAAAAUCAUUUCAAAUUUUGGUGCUGUCAUAGAGUCAGAUAAUACAUUUUCUCUAAAAGUAAUUGAAAGAGAAUCACCAAUUAUUUUAAAAGACUCCUGUACAAAUCCUUUUUUGUCUCUUGUUGUCUCAAACAUGCUUACUGUAAAGGAAAGUGAUCCUCUUAGUUGUGAUACAUUGCUUUUUACUGAAACUUCUGCAGAUAUAUGUGAUAGAGAAAUGGUCAAAGACACAGAAGAUGAACAAUCCAGUUCCAUAUUAUCCCAAAAUAACAUCAACAUUGAAUUGGUUCCAAAUGAAAAAACAAAAACUAGAACUUCAGCAACAGAACACAAUUGUUUUCCACAUGUGAAUAUGGAUGAACCCUUCAUAGCAACUACAAGUGAUGUUUACUGUCUAAUUGAUAAUUAUGCUAAAAGUAAUUUAAUUUCUUCUGAUGUACAAAGAGACCCCUUGAAUCCUGGAGAAGCAUCACAUUUUGUUAAUACCAAUUUUGGGAAUGGAGAUUCAUCACAAACUAAGAAUGUAGUUGGUGAGAAAUAUACUGAUAAAAAAGUGCUAAUAAAAUCUUCUUUAAAGGGAAGUAAGAAUGUAAAUUGUAAAAAUCUGAAGACCUUGAAAAAGAAAGAUAAAGUUUUAGUGACCUCUGACCGUCGUCUUAGAAGCCAGGAGAUCAAACAGAGAGUAAAGCAUUCAGUGUUAGAAAAUGAUGCUCCUACUGACUUCAUGGAUCACAGUCUUCAAGUUAAGCUUUGUAAACGCCCAGGUAGAAAAAAAAUCGAGAGGAUUGUAUACAUUCGGUGGGGAAAAAAAAUACAUUUUGUGACAGACGAUGCUUUAAUUACUCUUUGUGACAUCACUCCUAAUGAUUCCGAUUGUGAACAGUCACUACACAGUAAAGUGUUUACACAAAGAAAUGUUUCAGAUCGCAUUUUCAGAAAUAUUUCCUCUACUGCAUUUAAUCUGUCCACAAACCUUCAAAUAUGCAUUGAUCUUGGAUCUAACAAAAGAAGUGUGUGUUUCCCUACAGAAAGUAAAGAGUUUCUAUUAAAUGUAACUAACACUUUUAAGGAUACAGGUUUAGAAAACACCUAUAAUGUUCGACUAUCUUCUGAAAGCACCUUCAUCUCUUUGUCAAGGAGUAAAAACAAAGCUGUUGGAUCAAAAACACUAAAGAAUAAAAGAUUAGCUGGACAGAGCCACACUUUGAAAUCAUCAUCUACAGAAAAGAAUUAUGUGCAACCGAUUGCAAUUGAAAAACCUUUUGAGCAUUCUCUCCAACAUUCAGGUUUUGUUUUAAAUACUGCAAGCUCAAACAGCAUUGAAAGUGACAGGCCAAAAUUUGUUGACUGGUGUUCUGACGAAGAAAACCAGGAGCGUAUUUCUAAUUUUAACAAAAGGUACAUGUCUCUUCACAAAAGCUGGAUUUCACUUGAAAAGGAGGCAUCUUUAGCACACAAAUCUAAAAGCAAGUAUGACAAGUUAAAAGAGAUUUGGAAAACAAAAAAGAGAGUAAGGAAAAACAAAAUUGAGCAAGAAUUUCAAAAAUGUUCCCCAGUGCAAAUGUUGUUUAUGAAUUCUUAUAAUUUGUCAGACAUUUGCAAGUGGUUCAUGGGAACAACUGAGACAAAAUCUUUAGUGAUUGUGAAGAAAAUAAACACUCGCUUACCAGAAGAUCUCCCAUUACCAAUUAUUCCAGUGCAUAAAUAUCCACUAUCUGAACUCUAUCCUCAUAUGUUACAAGCUCAGCGUUUGAAAAAAUACCUUAAAAAGUUUGCUUCUGUUUAUCCAGUCCAGAACGACCACAAAAUACAAAAAUCAAUGAAAAAGUUAUUUGAGAACAAAAAAGUACAAUCUGACGAGGCUGUAGAUAAAAGUCAACAUAAAACAAACGAAGCCGAGGAGAGCAAAGGCAUUCAGUCUCUAGUUAACCUUAACAGGUCAACUAGCAUCCAGAUAUUGAGAAAGUACAAUAAUAUGAGGGGGAACUUAAAGAACAAUACUAUUUCAAGAAACCCCAAAAAGAAAAGACAUGCAAUAAAAAUAAUGGAAGAUAAAAACAACUAUAAACACCAGUGUGUUAAGUCUGUGAUUAGUUACAAGCAAACAUCACAAGUUAAAUCAGACUCCCCUGCACAUAAAUCAACAAAAAAUGAAGUGAAACAAAGAGGAAGAAAGCGUUGUAAAAAACACCCAACAGAUGAAUUAGGUGUCCAACAAACUAGAAAAAGGAAAUUGGAACUAAAGACCACAGUAUCAGCAAAAAGACUGCAUAUAUCCAGUAAAAAUGCAUCCCCAUCAACAAAAAGAAAUAAAAAUACUAAAUCAGAGCCAUUUACUAAACAUUGUGCAUUAAAGACACGGGUAGCAAAGAAUAAAACAAGUAAAUCUCCUAAACAUUUAUCUUUAAAAAGUGAAAAUACUAAAACAAAGCAUUCACGUAAAGCUCAACUGGUGACUUGUAAAUUGAAAAGAGAAACACAAACUAGAUCAGCCAAACCAAAAAUGAUGCCCCAAAAGGCACCGAAACAGAGAAACAUAAAAAAAACUACAUCACCACAAAGGAAGAAAAAAAUCAGUGAAAAGACACUUUGUAACUCCACAAAUGAAACAAAAAAUAGUGAUUCCUUGCAACAAAUGCAGAAACAUAGGUCAAAAGCAGACUCUCCCAUACAAAGCAAGAGAUGGUCACUUGAAAUUAAUUGACAUUCUAUAAUUGGCACCUUUUAUAAUGAUGUGCUAUCACUGUUUGCAUUAAUUAAAGCAGGUGUAUAAGCUAUAUAAAGCUUUUUUCUAAAACCUGCAGAUAACGAUAAAAUACACUUGUUUUAAAGCUAGAUGCAGGUGGGGAGAAUUUUGGUGCUGAGAAAGUAACUUAUUGUCUUGUCUUUUUACAUUUUGAAUGUCAUUAAAAAUGCAGUGCCUUAUUUAUCAUUUUAGUAGGUUAAAAUCAAAAAGCGUUGUGAUAAGCCUUUGUGUUAUACACUUGAUGCACAAGCACUUGCACGGCAGCAGAGACAACAAAGGCACAAAUUUAGCUUUUACUGCAGCUGGCCUCUGGUUGUAUAUGCAAAACAAUGGCAUAUUUUUUUAAAUGGACAAAAUUAGGUGUAUUAGAACAGUGGUGUUGUGAAAGAAGUGUAAUAUUGUAGAAUUCUAUGCUGUAUUUAUAUAGUUGGACGUAAAACUGAAUUACUUUUAUUUUUUUUAAAUCUCUUUUAAAUGGCCAUAAAAUGGAUCUCUAGGGAUCUGAUAAAAUUAACUUUUCACUCAUGUCACAAAUUUGGGUGCUCACUUGACAGCACAAUUCAAUACUCCUGUCUUUCAAGCACCUCCUCUGCUAGCCCCUAUUUUCAUAAACACCCACUGGUUUCAUAAACAUACAAUGGAUAGCAGAGCUCAAUUAUAUUGUUUCCAGUGGAUAAACCCUGACAGGCUUCAGAAAAACAUGUUCAGAAAAAAUAUUUUACUUCUAAAAGGAACCAAAAAUCUUUCCGAUUAACGUUCAGCCAAAAGAAUUAACUUUCACAACACCUUGAUGUUCUUGCUAGUGUCCCUUUUAAUCUAGUUUGAGCCAUUCCAAAUUUUUAUGCAUUGAAGCUUUUUUCCAAUUAAUUUUAACAAUCAUUGUUGAAACAUAAGGGCUUCCAUUGUCUUGCAAACAAUUCUCCUUUUUUUUUGUGUGUGUGUUUUUUUCCGGCUUAUGUCUAGUAAACUGUCUUAACAGGUUAUUUAUCUGUGACAUAUGCAUAUAGGUCACAAAUAUCCUAUUUAUAGAAACAUGUCAUAUUUGCACUCUUGGUUUUCAUUUAAUUUGCACAAAUGAACUGGUAAUGUGGCAGCAUUA